AACACCCGUUUCAUAAGAUGCAGUACUUUUAAAAUAUCGUUUUAAGGGGGGAAAUGUGGAACAAAUCCAUGAGCUAUUUGUUUUCCCUCCGGUCUUUUUUCCCCGAAACGGCAAAUCUUUGUCGCUUCCGUUUCCGGUCCAGGUGUCAACAAACUCGCCACGAGUUUCACCAGCAGCGAAAAUGCCGAAGACGCAGAAAAAGGCGAAAGCCCCGGACAAGGCUGUGCAUCCGUACAGUCGGAAAGCAGCCUACAUGGCCCGGGAGGAAAUACGACUCCAGAAAAAAGAACGACAGAAAGUUGGCAAAGCCGCACGUCUGAACAAUAUUGGUGAGAAGUUGCUAUGGUUUCAGAGUCAGUUGGAUCCUGAAAAGACGGCGUAUAGCAAAAAAGAUGCCUGCGACAUCAUUGAAAGGUACCUCCGACGUUUCGACGGCGAGCUGGAGCAGAUCGAGCUGAAGAACGGCAUCAAGGGACGUCGGGGGCGUCCGCACGGCGCCAGGGAGGACGUCAUCGAGCGGACGGUGGAGCGCGAGCGGGCGCUGUACCGCGGCGUCGGUCUCGAGAUCCCGGACUUGGUCGAUGCCAAACAUCUCAAAACGUUCAGGGAGUGGACGGGGGAUCUGAAGAAACUUCCUAACAUUAAACUGAGGAAGAUCUCAAGUAAGGAUGCAGAAGAGCAGAAGAAGGACAAACCGAAAGAAGAUCGCGAGGAGGAGUUAGACCCGGACGUUCCCAUGUCUGACGCCGACCCGUAAUCACUUUCCACACAGUUUAUUUCACCGACAAACAAGUGUCGCGUGGGUUGAUUUGAUCCCAUCGGAAAAGUGUUUUGUGGCGUCUCUGCUCGUAAACAACAUUUAGCACCACUGGACGAGACUGCAUUCUGAUCUUUCAAACAUCCAAAACGAGAAAAUAAAGGCGAGGGAGGGGGUGAAGCAAAUUCACAUCUUUUUUUUACUAGAAAAUACAUUUCUGAGGGUGUUUUGCUUUGCUGGUCCAUGAACUCUUGAUUUUCAGGUCUCAUCAGGUGGCUUGCUGUUAUUUUUGGGGCAUUUCUUGAUAUCAGAGUCACUUGUUGCACAUCCGUGAAGCUGGCCCUCCAUCAGAUGCAAAUUUAUAUUUGUUUGUGGUGCCGAGAGAUGAAUUUGGAGCGAUGACGUCACGCAUUUAAUGCAAAAUGGACCCGAAAUGGUGCCAUUUGUUUGUACUGCUAUGGUUUGAUAGAUACCAAAAUCAUUUUUGGUGAUAAUGUCCAUUGUGGCACCUCCGUCGCAGCUAAAGAAGCGUACUUGGGGUCCGUUUUGAAUGAAAUGAGGUCACUUCCUGUUGAUUUUGGAGCAUUUCUGGUUCCCUUUGUGUUGAUUUUGGGGCAAUGGUUGGUCACAUCCUAUUGAUUUUUUUUUUUUUGUGGAGAGCAUGUCUAUACACGAGCGAAAAUCUU